AUGGGUAGUCGAGGCUCCCCAGGGCAGGGACCCUCGGGUGUGAGAAGUGCCUAUGCCGGGGGAUAUAGCGAGGCGAUCAAAAGACAGCUGGAAAAUUGCGCUCUGCCUGAUAAGAAAUUCCGAAUCCAGUCUGCUUUCUCCAAGCGGCAGCUUGAUGUCCUGCGCAAUGCCAUUGUCGUCCAAGGUCCCAGGGCUGCCACUGCUGGGCACGCCAAAUGUCGAACCUGUGUUGGCGGCCCGACUGUUGAGCUCAGUUGCUGCAUUUGCGAUCAGAUCAAAGGACUGGAAGAGUUUGCCAAGAACCAGCGUCAUAAUCGUGACUCUGCGAGAUGCUUGAACUGCGUGCAGGGCCACGCGGAGACGGAACCCGUUCUCGAGGAAAAUAAACUUAUGACUGAAAGCGAGCAUUCGACGCAAGGAACCAUCACAUCUAGAAGUCAGAUAGAUGACGAGUCGUACUUAGAAUCAACUAGAAGGCUGGCACUUAAUGAAGAAGGCGAUGAUGAAGCUUCUUCUGCCGCCGGCGGCAUUUGGCUGGAAAAAGACCUCGUGAAGCUUACAAGUGAGAGCCGGAGCACCACUUGUCAACUCUCUGCAAUCGAUCCUCUUGGGAACCCGCGUCGUUCUCCAGCAGCCCAGUCAGGAGCUGGUGGCUCCGCUAUCCACAAGGGAUGGGACUCCUGGGGAGUUACUGAUGGUGCCUCCAAAGCUAGCGGAAGCCUUUAUAACAAUUCUAACCCGACUCCUAAAAGAUCCUCCAACUUCGCCAAGGUUCCGGGUAAACGCUUUGAGAAGACCGAUGCUCCGACCAUGCGUACUCCUGAACCCGCCUCUCAGAACGUUGAAUCUGAUAAUGAAGAUGACGAGGCAGGGGUUGAAGACUACCUUUGA